AUGGAUUCGGAAACGUCAAAGUCUCGAAGUUCGCUUGUAAAUUCAUCUUACAAUUUUGAAUUCGCCAAUCGUCGCGACAAAUCGGUCUAUAAAUUACGACCUUCCUCGUCUAUCAAGCCAGCUCAAGCCGGGCGAUGGAUUGACGAAGCGAGGUUUCCACAUCUCACAGAGUCAUUCAUCGAGCAUACGGGUUGCAACUUGACAGAGCCUAACGAUGAGGCCGUUGACAUGGAUUAUUGCAACGGUGAAACCGACGAGAAAGAGAAUCCAAUUGACGAGGAAGUCGUCAAGGAUGAUAUUCCCUCGCCAGCCAGGUCCACCGAUUUCUGGGUAUUGCCAGCGCCGAAAUCACCAUCAACGGGCGUUUUGGCUGCAUUCUCCCCGGUGCCGUCAUCUAAAAGCACCAAAGAUGCGAAAGCUUCUAUUCUGAAACGAAGGAAAGCUGAUCUUGAGCAAGAGGGUUCAACAGACAUCGAUCAGUUGCCUUCGUCUCAUAAGGAGAAACAAGAAAACUCCAAGAGACAGAGACGAUCGUGA